CUUACUGAACUCGUUCUUCGACUCACUCAUAUACCACCCGGUCCAGAUUUCAGGCGCUUCCCACAAAAUUGAUGCCGGCAUCUGACGUCAUGCUCCCCGGAGAUGCGGCCUCCAAGUCACCCCUUGACAAACCUCUCCAUCAGCUCACCGAAGAUGACAUUUCUCAGCUCACUCGCGAAGAUUGCCGCCGUUACCUCAAAGAGAAAGGUAUGAGAAGGCCGUCGUGGAACAAAUCACAGGCGAUUCAACAAGUGAUAUCACUGAAGGCGCUCCUUGAACCGUCAUCGGAUUCUGAUGUCGGCGGUAGCAAGUUGCUGCGCAUUUCUCCCCCCGACACUGCCAAUAAUAACAAGGCGGCCCGUGUCCCGCAAGUAGUUGUUCCCGAUGCAGAAGCAUCUGAAUCUACCGAAGAAGCUGUAUGGAACCGUAAAAAAGAUACAGAGAAGCCUAAUGUUUCAGGUGAUCCAGCAGCUCCUCCAGCAGCGGCUGUCAACAUGUCAACUCCAUCAAGAAUAUCUGGUUCAGCGGAUAUUAUGGUUGGACAAAUGACAAUCUUCUAUUGCGGAAAAGUGAAUGUCUAUGAUGAUGUGCCUGCCGACAAGGUACAAGCAAUCAUGCAUCUUGCUGGAAGCCCACCCCAUGUGCCUCCUGACUGUUCAGCACAGCGUUUAGUCUCCCAAUUACACCCUGCAAAUGUUGAAGUAGGCCAAGACUCUCCUGCGGUGUUCUUGCCGCCAAUGCAAACAGGUAAAAAAAGUGAGAACUCCCGUGUGCAAAUGGAAGAUAACGGUCCAUUUUAUGAAGAUAAUCAUGUUGAAGGGUCAGGAAGUAGGAAAGCAUCCGUACAGAGAUACCUUGAGAAGAGAAAGGACAGGUAGGUUCAGGAACAAGAGAAAGUCAGUAAUGCCUUCUUCACCUAGGUUGGACAUCUACGUGAAACCUCAAAUGCAACACCAUACUGCCAAUGAGCACCCAGACAACAAAGAGUGGAUUAUGGAAGGAAGGUUGAGGUAGGUAGGAAGGAGACACUGGGAUUUGUUAGCCUUUAUUCAUGCCAUGAGAACCAAGGAGGAUAUGUAAGUUCCAUUUUCGCUUUAGGUACGUAGGCACAACAAGAGAUGCAGAUAGGGGUAGGAAAUCUGAAAUCCUCCCCCCCAAGUAUUCAUUUGGAUGCAUGUAUUAGGUGUAUGUAGAUGAUCUAUGUCGGCAGUGCAUGUACACAAAACAUCUAGCUAGCCAAGUUGCCAUACAACAUUGAGUUGAAAGGGCAUAUUUUUUGUUUUCACUAUUCUGUAGUGUCAUUAGUGGCAACUGGGCGUUCUAUUUUGCCCUUUUAACUACAUGGUUCUAUGUGCAGGUCUAGUGUAUAUGAGGUUGUUGGUGGAGUUGUGCUUUAAAUUUACUGUGCAAAGAAUUUUGAUUUAUUAUCGAUUAAACACUUUGGGUCAUCUCUUCUAAAUGCAUUCAUUCUGUGAAUUCACAAUGGGUGGGUUAUUCACUUAUUCUUAUACAACUUGAGAUUUUGUUUAACGUGCUAUUGAG